CCUGAUAGGAUACGAUAACUUCUGCUUUUCAGAUGCCCAAAUUGCUACAGUUAUUUCAUGUAUUUACGAUAACAUGCUAUGGUGCUGUCAAUUUCAUGAUAUACUACCACGUAUUGUAAUUUUAAAGAAUAGUUGAGGUUUUUUAAUGGUUAGUACGUUUGCUAUACCCUCAUUCACUUUUCUCUACCCAUAAGUCAUAAGUGCUGUUAUUAGCAUUUACUGAAGUACUCAGUGAGAUGCUUUGUGACACAAUUAACCUUAAAUCAACCUCGUUUUAUUUUUGCUAGGAAUUUGAAUUUAGAAUUUAAUUUCUCAGAACAUUGUCUCCAGGAAGAAUUUGACACAUCUCAAAGACUUCACUUGAUUGCUUGGUCCUGAGUAAAUAAAGCUCCAGGAGCAAAAGAUGGGUCGGUCAAAUUCUAGAUCCCAUUCUUCAAGAUCAAAGUCUAGAUCACAGUCUAGUUCUCGAUCACGAUCAAGGUCACACUCUAGAAAGAAGAGAUACAGUUCUAGGUCUCGUUCCAGGACAUAUUCAAGAUCUCGUAGUAGGGAUCGCAUUUAUUCUAGAGAUUAUCGUCGAGAUUACAGAAAUAAUAGAGGAAUGAGAAGACCUUAUGGGUACAGAGGAAGGGGUAGAGGGUAUUAUCAAGGAGGAGGAGGUAGAUAUCAUCGAGGUGGCUAUAGACCUGUCUGGAAUAGAAGACACUCUAGGAGUCCUAGAAGAGGCCGGUCACGUUCCAGAAGUCCCAAAAGAAGAUCUGUUUCUUCGCAGAGAUCCCGAAGCAGAUCUCGCCGGUCAUAUAGAUCCUCUAGGUCUCCAAGAUCAUCAUCUUCUCGAUCUUCAUCCCCAUAUAGCAAAUCACCUGUGUCUAAGCGAAGAGGGUCUCAGGAAAAGCAAACCAAAAAAGCUGAAGGGGAGCCUCAAGAAGAGAGUCCUUUGAAAAGUAAAUCACAGGAGGAACCAAAAGAUACAUUUGAACAUGACCCAUCUGAAUCUGUUGAUGAAUUUAAUAAGUCAGCCGCAUCUGGUGAUAUUUGGGCUGGCCUUUCAGCUUAUGAUAAUAGCCCCAGAUCACCCCAUAGUCCUUCACCUAUUGCUACACCACCUAGUCAGAGCUCCUCUUGCUCUGAUGCCCCCAUGCUCAGUACAGUCCACUCUGCAAAAAACACCCCCUCUCAGCAUUCACAUUCCAUUCAGCAUAGUCCUGAAAGGUCUGGGUCUGGGUCCGUUGGAAAUGGGUCUAGUCGAUACAGUCCUUCUCAGAAUAGUCCAAUUCAUCACAUCCCUUCUCGAAGAAGCCCUGCAAAGACAAUCACACCACAAAAUGUUCCAAGAGAUGAAGCUAGAGGGCGUUCCUCGUUUUAUCCUGAUGGUGGAGAUCAGGACACUGCAAAGACUGGAAAGUUCUUAAAAAGGUUCACAGAUGAAGAGUCUAGAGUAUUCCUGCUUGAUAGGGGUAAUACCAGGGAUAAAGAGACUCCAAAGGAGAAAGGAUCAGAGAAAGGGAGGGCAGAGGGAGAAUGGGAAGAUCAGGAAGCCCUAGAUUACUUCAGUGAUAAAGAGUCUGGAAAACAGAAGUUUAAUGAUUCAGAAGGGGAUGACACAGAGGAGACAGAGGAUUAUAGACAGUUCAGGAAGUCAGUCCUUGCAGAUCAGGGUAAAAAUUUUGCUACUACAUCUCACCGGAAUGCUGAGGAGGAAGGACCCAAGUACAAGUCUAAAGUUUCACUAAAAGGCAAUAGAGAAAGUGAUGGAUUUAGAGAAGAAAAAAACUAUAAACUUAAAGAGACUGGAUACAUAGUGGAAAGGCCUAGCACCACAAAAGAUAAGCACAAGGAAGACGACAAAAGUUCUGAGAGAAUAACAGUAAAGAAAGAAACUCAGUCACCUGAGCAGGUAAAGUCUGAAAAGCUCAAAGACCUCUUUGAUUACAGUCCCCCUCUACACAAGAAUCUGGAUGUACGAGAAAAGUCUACCUUCAGAGAGGAGAGCCCACUUAGGAUCAAAAUGAUAGCCAGCGAUUCUCAUCGCCCUGAAGUCAAACUCAAAAUGGCCCCCGUUCCUCUUGAUGAUUCUAACAGACCUGCUUCCUUGACUAAAGACAGGCUACUUGCUAGUACACUUGUCCAUUCUGUCAAGAAGGAGCAAGAAUUCCGGUCCAUCUUUGACCACAUUAAGUUGCCACAGGCCAGCAAAAGCACGUCAGAGUCGUUUAUUCAACACAUUGUGUCCUUGGUUCAUCAUGUUAAAGAACAAUACUUCAAAUCAGCUGCAGUGACCCUAAACGAGAGGUUCACAUCAUAUCAGAAAGCCACUGAAGAACAUAGUGCCCGGCAAAAGAGCCCUGAGAUACACAGGAGAAUUGACAUCUCUCCAAGUGCCCUGAGGAAGCAUACCCGUUUAGCCGGGGAAGAGAGAGUUUUUAAAGAAGAAAAUCAAAAGGGAGAUAAAAAACUAAGGUGUGAUUCUGCUGAUCUUCGGCAUGACAUUGACCGUCGUAGAAAAGAAAGAAGCAAAGAACGAGGGGAUUCCAAGGGCUCCAGGGAAUCCAGUGGAUCAAGAAAGCAGGAGAAAACGCCAAAAGAGUACAAGGAGUACAAAUCUUACAAAGAGGACAGUAAACAUAAAAGUAGAGAGCAAGAUCAUUCUCGAUCUUCAUCCUCUUCAGCAUCACCCUCUUCUCCCAGUUCUCGAGAAGAAAAGGAGAGUAAGAAAGAACGAGAAGAAGAAUUUAAAACUCACCAUGAACUGAAAGAAUACUCUGGCUUUUCAGGAGUUAGCCGACCACGAGGAACCUUUUUUCGAAUUAGAGGCAGAGGAAGAGCCAGAGGAGUUUUUGCUGGGACAAAUACUGGUCCAAACAACUCAAAUACUACUUUUCAAAAGAGACCGAAGGAAGAGGAAUGGGAUCCAGAAUAUACCCCAAAGAGCAAGAAGUACUUCUUGCAUGAUGACAGAGAUGAUGGUGUGGAUUAUUGGGCCAAAAGAGGAAGAGGUCGUGGCACUUUCCAACGUGGCAGAGGGCGCUUUAACUUCAAAAAAUCAGGUAGCAGUCCAAAAUGGACUCAUGACAAAUACCAAGGGGAUGGGAUCGUUGAAGACGAUGAGGAGACCAUGGACAACGCUGAAGAAAAGAAGGAUAGACGCACAGAAGAAAAGGAAUAGUUCAUCUGGAGUAACCUUACAACAGAACAGAACUUGCACCCAUCAUAUAUUUUUUUUACUUAAUUUUUGUUUUCAAAUAAGAAUGUAAGCAUUCACUUAAAUUUUACUGUUUGCAAGUAGUCAGUAGAUAUUUUGUUUUAAGACUUUAAAUAUCUUGAAAAAUAGUAGACUGUAUGUUGAAAAUUGUACUGAAAUAAAGUAGAAAAUUGUUAGUACCAUAUUUGUAACUAUCAACCUAAAAAAAAAAACUUUGCUGUUUUUGUUACAUACAUUGUAAUUCUGCUUUGUCUAUAAGAUAUGGUCAAGUACUGCUCUGUGAAAGUUCUGAUUCUCUUCCUUCCCUGUUUGUUAAUGUUUUAUUCUGAAGUAAACUUUAGCUCUACAUAAAAAUAAAUCUGAACAGAAAUUGCUUAUAGAGGCCACAUUAAUUAUUUUAUUUGUAUACGUCUGUGUAACGUUUUUUUCUUCAUUUGCAAACACUACCCCUGUAGGGUGAUGAAUUUUUGAAGUAUACCACAGAACAAACUGUUAACAGAUGGAAACGUUUGAGAGAAUUGAAACGAUGAAAUUUAAAGCAAGCAAUGAUUUACAAACUUUUUUAAAAACAAUUCAUAAUUUGUGAAUUAGCUGGAGGUUCUAGAAACAUUCUUAGCAGCCUUUCCUAUGGGGGUUCAAAACUCAUGUUCUCCUUUUUAUUUACGGUUUGAGUCGUCGUUUCAGAUUCACAUGGCAGCUUUGAGAGGGGAAACUGGUUUGCAGUAAUCAUUGCAAAACAAAGUCCCAUUCAUUCCUAUUGAUGUCUUAGGAAUGACAAAACUCAGAGCAAAACUGAAAGCUUGUUGGUCUAGAAGAGGGAUAGAUCCUGCAUAACUCGACACAUUAACACAGUGUACUUGAUUUCAUAUCUUAACUAUUUAUUUGGAUGUCAAAUACAGAACCCCAUUAGUUUGUAGUGUAAUUGUAAGAAAAGCUACUGGAACACAACUGUUCAUUUGUAUUUCAAGUAACUUGUUUUCAAAUGUCACCAAUAAAUAGUUCUGGGAGGAGGCUUGUUGCAGCAGCACUCUAUAAUGGUUUUUACUUUUCCCUUCUAUUUCUUUUCAUUUUGUAAAGUGGCUCUUUUUAUUCCUAAGGGCUCUCUAUUCAGGUAGAUAAUCUUUCCAUUCAAAAUUGCAUCACCUUUUAUACUUCUGUUGAUAGCUCUUAAAAGAAUGGAAGUCAGAAAUAGUAAAUUUUAAUGCCAAGUCUGUCCGCUUACACGCACACAUAAGACAACCAAACGCCUCUUAGUUAAUCCAGCAUCUGAAUUAGUUGAAUAUGUUGGCAUUAAAUAGAGAUGUUGUGUAUUCUGUUCAUGUAAAUGUUUUGACAUCUUGAGCUUAUAUGAGUCUGCAUCCUCAUUUUUGAUCAUUUGCAAUGCUUUUUGCACUAUUCCCACAGGAGCCUGUAAAAGCAGCUGAUAGGGGAGAAACAUAAAACACCAGUAUAUGCUAUGCUUAUGAUCCUAAUAUUCUUAGUGUUGCAUGAUUUCCCCCUAUUUUCUCUUAUUCUGGAAUUUUUUAAUUUGGUGGAAAUAGCUUCAAAGAAAUUAUGUGCUGUACCCUUAACACAAGAAAGAUUUGGUGACCAUUUGUUUUUUACAGUCCACUUUUAUUUUCACAGUUACUCUUUGGUUAGAUGCUAUCAUUCUAUGCAUGACUAAAAAGAUACUGAUUUAUUCUGCUUAAGGUAGUAGGAUAAAGCAGAUUUGCUGAGAAAUGGUUUAAAUGUGGGAAUUAAAGUUUCCCAAGUCUUUAUGAGCAGUUAUAUUUUAAGUGCAAAAGCAUUGUUUUAAUAUAAAUAAAUGAUUUGGUUACUUUUAUUCUCUCAAAUAAUUAAAACUGAGGAAGGAGUAUCCUACCAGAAUAUAGUACACAGAACGAGGAUGAGAACUUUGCAGUUAAACUCUUCUCCAUGUUGCUGUGAUCUUCUAUUUCAGAGCUAAGGAAAUAAAGUAACCUGUAUUUUAUUAAAUCAUAGUUUUAACUCCAUAUUUGAUGACAUGAUAAAAGCUGAAUGGUUCCUUUUGCUAAUGAUACCUAUUUACAAGUGCCAGGAAAUACGAACUCAUUGAUAGCUGCAUUGACAGACUUCCUUUUUGUUUGCUAAAGGGAAGGUAAAUGAACCAGAAAGGAUUAAGAAGGCUGUUUAAGAAGGUGUGACUCAGUUCUUUCUUAGGUGUGCAUACGUUCCAACAUCGUGGUGAUAUAAAGCAAAGAUAGUUUUCCAGUUGCAGUCUACUUCAAGGAAUUACUCAGAUUCCUUUUUGUCACAGUUAAUACCAAUGUUGGAAUCAACAAUUUGAAAAAACUAACCAAGAAGAAUGAAUGUAGAUGGCUAAACAACUCUUAGUCUGCUGUAUAAUGCAACAGGGACCCUUGUAAAUUGUCAUAUGCCAAUAAAAUGUCAUUAAGUGGUAA